CGACGACGCCUACAUGUCCUUUCUAAACAAAGCCAACGCCGACCUCGACACCGCCCGAAACAACCAACAAACGAGCAGCAGCGGUGGUGCCGCGCGCACCGAAACCAUACACACGGGCGUCAGCAUCCCCGGCCCACUCACCUCCGUGGACGCAUUCUACAUCUCCGAAACCGACGAGCCCUUCGAGCCGGUCGCGCUGAAAUGGGACGGCGCCCAUCGGGGCGUGUGGCCUGAUGCUUCAAGCUUCUCCAACCUCAUCUCGGAAACCGACGACCUCGCCUCCGCCAUCGAGACCCUCUCCCCGGCGUCCUUCGACCCCAAGAACCAGUACGCCUCGGCCCUGCGCGCGGUGCGCGCGGCGGCCGCCAGCCAGGCGUCCGGCGUGGAGGAGGCGGACGUUGAUGUCAAGGUCUACCGGGUUGAGGUCGGGAGCGCGCGGGUGGAGUACUAUGUGGUGGCUUUGCAGGCGGAGGGAGGCUUGCUUGUGGGGUUGAGGGCUAAGGCGAUUGAGUCUUAGGGGUUUUAAAGGUUGUCGUGUGUGAAGUGAAGGGGGGGCUGUGGGUUGUGUAUAUUGUUUUAUGAGGUAAUGAAAUUGUU